ACGCAAAAGUACCCUCAUAGAGGUACCUGCACGGUACCGGAGCAUGCCCCGCACCCCGCAUCUUGCGGAGUGUACAUGGCGGUACCUCGACCACCUCGAAGUGGGGUAAUGCGACAGCCCCUCUAUUCACGUGUUCGACUUGGCGCCCAUACGCCCCAAUCCAGCUUGGUGCUCGCCAGCAUCCUUCGAGCUAUCGCCUGGAACGUCCAAUGGUUGUUCAGAUUCGGGAUAUGGCUGACGCCUCCGGAUCGACGGGGCCUCCGAAUGCAGGCUGGUUGCGUGGGAUCUGCCCUCUCUGGAUUGCACUCGCCCGGCCGAGACCAAGCUCGCCUGCACCCCGCAAGGCAGAUGCGAGCUCUACCGACCAUGGCGGACGGCUCAUAUAUUAAGACGCCGCGGGGAAGCCAUCCGCCGGACAGAAAGCAACUGCUCAUCCACUUCUACCAUCCUCGCACGAACGACACGCACAUCCCUCCAACAUGGUCCUCACAGUCUACGGCUACCUCCCCGCCUGGGACCUCCCCGACAUCAGCCCCUACGUGACGAAACUCGUCUUCUGGCUGAAAAUCACCAAGACGCCGUUCGAGUACAAGAGCGAGGACCUGUCGAUUCUCGACAAGAACGCGCCGCACGGCAAGCUGCCGUACAUUAUCGACGAUGACGGGACCAAAGUCGCCGACUCGAACCGCAUCAUCAAGUACCUCGAGCAGAAGUCGGGCCACUCGCUUGAUGCGGACUUGUCGGCCUCGGACAAGGCGGUUUGUCUGGCCUUUGAGCGAAUGAUUGGCGAGCAUGCUUAUUUCAGCGGGAUUCUCGAACCCCGCUGGCGCCAAGACAGCGGCUGGAAGACGUACAUCCCCUUCAUAGUGCAAGGCGCCGAAGUCACGAAACCCCUGCAAGACUUCCUCGACGCCUUCCGCGAGCGCAUCCUCGCCGGCUUCAACGGCCAAGGCAUGGGGCGGCGCGACACGGCGACCGUGUUGGAGCUGUACAAAGACGACAUCGAUGCUAUUGCCGACUUCCUCGGCGACAAGGAGUACUUUUUCGACAGCAAGGUGCGCAACAUUGAUGCGAUGGCGUAUGGGAUGUUGCGCCAUUUCCACGAUCAGCCGCAGAAGUGGGAGGGGACGGGGUAUUUGGAGGGGAAGAAGAAUUUGAUGGGGUAUUUGGAGAGGAUGAGGAAGGAGUUUGGGAUGUGAUAGAGAGGAGUCGAGGGCUUGUAUGCGAGGUUUGCCGUAGGACGUAGGGUAGGUAGCAUGGCUGCAUACGCGAGAAUAUCCCCGAUCUCGAG